CCCGCACAUCCCACCCUGUCCGCCUCCACCUUGCUGUCGCGAUCCGUGUCUUAGUUCCAUGGUUUGAUGCGGCUGGUCUUACUCUAUCGCUGAUUCCGUGCUUGACCGAAGCUUUUCUCGACACACACGGACUCUUAGGCGCGCGAGACCAGCUCGUUCUCCACUUGCCUGUUGUUGUACGGCGCUAUCAACGCGGCAUACGGUGUUUUAGCCUGGGGGCCCUCGUGAAGGCUUGACGACACUUUCGAAGCUUACAGACUAAACAAAAUCUUGUCCUUGCUUCACUACCGGCGGUACUUAAACGCUCCCGAUCGCCUCACGUGCCGACCGUGGAAGGUUGCAUAUACAAACAGUCGACGACAUGGAUUACAUGGCACCGGACGCUUUCGAUGGGGUCCCUUCAGCUCAGAGUGCUGGGCCAGUGACGGGACCGGGACUUGUAGAUCUGGACAACUUGGGUGUGAACAUGACGGGACCCAUCGUUAAAGUCGAUGAUCCACCGAAGUUCGAACUAGAGUCAUACAUUGCGAACUACACUGGCCGGACCAGAUUCAAUCGAUUGCUUCUAAUAGGCACCUGUUCAACGUAUCUCUCUGUCGAAGCAUUGAAAGCUGCAGUUGCGGAAGCCAAGGGUGGCAGGGAUGUAUCCAGAUACGAGCGUGCAGUCCGGGCCCUUGCCGAUGCGGCACCUAAUGACCCGGAAGCUACUCUUGAUACCAAUUGGGUGGACCAUAUGAAGAAGUCAGUCAAGGCGGAAACGGACCGGCUCGAGCACGAGCUCCGGGGCUAUAAAAACAAUCUGAUCAAAGAGAGUAUAAGGAUGGGCAACGAAGACCUCGGACAACACUACAACCAGAUCGGCGACCUUGUCUCGGCCUCCAAAGCCUAUUCUCGCAUGAGGGAUUACUGCACCACACCAACUCACAUUGCGUCGAUGCUAUUCAAGAUCAUCAACGUCGCCAUCGAGCGCGGGGACUGGCUAAGCGUGCAGUCCAAUGUGCAACGGUUGCGCAACCUGCAAUCGAAGCAGGAGGAGCAAGCCAAAAACCAACCGAAGAUGUCCGCUGCCUUGGGUCUCUCACAGCUGCACUCCGGGUCGUAUUUGGACGCAGCUAAUAGCUUCCUGGCUACCGACCCGAGCUUGGGUGACUCGUACAACGAAGUGCUCACCUCGAAUGAUGUCGCAGUAUACGGUGGUCUUUGUGCCCUCGCAUCGAUGGACCGGAACGAGCUUCAGCGCCGCGUGCUCGAUAAUAGCACGUUCCGCAACUUCCUUGAGCUCGAGCCGCACAUCCGCCGGGCGAUUUCAUUCUUCUGCAACUCUAAAUUCCGACCCUGUCUGGAGAUCCUCGAAGCCUACAACGCCGACUACCUUCUCGACAUCCACUUGCAGCGUCACAUCAAGACACUAUUCACCCGCAUCCGCACCAAGGCCAUCCAACAAUACCUGAUCCCCUUCAGCCGCGUGACCCUGGAAUCCAUGACGAAAAUGUUCGCCCCGAGAGUUGUAGGCGGCCAGGCCGACCCCACGGACUGCGACUCGCCAUUUGUGCAGGAACUCAUUGGACUGAUCCAGGACGGGACACUCGAUGCGCGCAUUGAUCUGGAAAAGAAGGUGCUGGUCUCCAACCAGGUCAACCUGCGGGCCGAAGUCCAGCAGUCCGUUCUGGACAGUCUCGAGAACUAUGCCCACGAAGCACACCUCCGCAUCCUGCGCACUAACAUCAUCCGGGCUGGGCUGGAAGUACGAGCAGACGACCGCCGAUCGAGAGAGGAUCGGAGCAAAGGGUGGGAAGGGUACGGAAACGUGUUUUCCCGCGGUUCGGGGGUGAUGUAAUGCCAGCCAAUGUCAAUGAGAUAUGACUAGAAGAAUAGUAGAACAGAUGUGAUGGCCGCAUCCCGAUCCUGCCUAGCUAAGUAAUCCCCGUCGUACACCUUCUUCUACAGUCAUUCACCCCUUCCUCUUCUUCCUCUUCUUCCUCUUCUUCCUCUUCUUCCUCUUCUUCCUCUUCUUCCUCCAAGCAGAAAGGUUUCUUACUUCGCUACCUACCCUCACGGACAAAGUCACACGCGGGCUUGAUCCCAAUAACUGGAGUGCUUCACUCUUCCUUCUGUGGACUCAUGGGUAUUAUUACUCAGCUACUUUGGGG